AUGUGGUUUUCUUGGCUCAAUCAGCAGCAGCUGCUUUUGGGGGUAGCUCCCAGAGAAAAGAGGUUGAGAAAGUGUGAUUUAACAAGGUAUACUUGGCUUCCUCUCAUGCUACAAUUCUUGUGCUGUGCUUUUUCCGGGGUUUCUUGUGAUGAUUUUGCAAUCCCUCUUGGUUCUGAGAUUAAUAAUGCUUUUGAUAGCGGUAAAAAUCAAAACUGGGUUUCCAAAAAUGGGGUUUUUUCUUUGGGGUUCUUGGUGAUGGACGGUGGAGACGAAUAUGCUGUCGGUCUUAAGUACAAUUUAGGGGACAAAUCUGCAAAUUUGCCUCUGUGGACGAUUGGCGGUGGUCUUAGAAUCUCUCAGAACUCCAUAUUAAGGCUAGGCAUGGAUGGGGAGCUUGUUUUAGUGGAUAACCUAAGUAAAAUCACUAUGUGGAGUAGCGGCACCUCAAAUUUGGGUGUCCAAAAAGCAAAAGUCUUGGACAACGGCAACUUCGUGCUUCUGGGCAGCAAAAAUGAAGUGGUCUGGGAGAGUUUCGAUAGCCCCACAAACACUCUUCUGCCGGGUCAAUCCUUCCGCUACCCUCAAACCCUCCGCGCCCUCUCCUCAAAAUCCAUCUCGAGCUACUACAGUUUGGUGAUUAGCAAGAGUGGCGAGCUCCGGCUCUUGUGGGAACACAACGUGACCUAUUGGAGCAGCCAAUUCAGCUCGAAAGAAGCGAGAUUUGACUCAAACGGCGUUUUCGGAUUGUACAAUGCCGAAAAUAAAGAUGUUUGGUUAGCUACAGCCAAAGACUACGGAGAUCCUUCGGUGAAACUGAGACACCUGAGAAUCGAUCGUGAUGGGAACCUAAGGAUUUACUCUUGGGAUGGCAUUGGCCGGGCCUGGAAGCCCGUUUGGCAAGCCGUUGAGGACCAAUGCAGUGUGUUUGGCUCCUGCGGCUUGUACUCUGUGUGUGGGUACAACUCGACUGGCCCAGUUUGCGACUGUUUGAAUCCCAUCCCGUUAGGCGGAGCCGGGUGCUGGAAAUUGGCCGAUUUGGGCAAUUGCAGAUUGCACGCGAGUUUAUUGACCUUGAACCAAACCGUGCUUUACGGGUUGUACCCGUCUCACGACGACGAGAUUCUUUUGAGCGAGAUGCGUUGUCGGGAUUUCUGUUCCAGAGAUUCGGCGUGUUUAGCUGCGACCUCGAUGAACGACGGGUCGGGCCUCUGCAAGGUGAAGCGGACGAGCUUCGUGAGCGGCUAUAAAGGCCCAUCUGUCCGCGCCGUGUCUUUCCUCAAAGUAUGCUCCAUCCCGCAGGCCGUCGCCGCCGUGCGGGGCCUCGGCGGCGGGCCCGCGGCCACGGCCCGUGACCAAGUUUCAACAAAGGGAAGUGCGAAACGAUUGAUUUGGCCUGUCGUGUUUGUCGUUCUUGUCACGUUGCUCGUGGUCUCGAGCAUUCAGAUCGUAAUCUUGACGGUACUCUACCGGAAAAGGAACGGUUUCGUUCGAAAAGGAAACCCGGAGGCGGCGCAGGCGAACGGGCUCUACAGCGUGCUCGUGCGAGUCUCGUUCGAAGAGGUUAAAGAGCUGACGAAUGGCUUCGCGGAUAAGAUCGGGAGCUCGGUUUUUCGGGGAGCGCUUCCGAACGGGACGCCGAUCGUGGCGAAGGUGUUGACGGACGUGGGCGUGUCAGAGAGGGAGUUCCGGGCCGCGGUGGCGACCCUGAGCGGGACCCACCACCGGAAUCUCGCGUCAGUGAAGGGGUUUUGCUUCGAGGGGUCGAGUAAGAAGGCGUUGCUUAUUCGGGAGUUUGUGUGCAACGAGUCGUUGGACAAGUGGGUCGGCGCGGAGGAGAAUUGUGAGGGGGGACGGAAUUGGGAUCGAAAGGUCGAGAUUGCCCUUGGCGUCGCGCGCGGGCUUGCCUAUUUGCACUCGGAGUGCCAAAAGUGCAUAACGCACGGCAAUUUGAAGAUGGAAAACGUGGUUUUCGACGAGAAUAUGGUACCCAAGCUGACGGAUUUCGGCCUGCGAGAUUUGUACUCGAGACAAGUGCAAGUGCAAGUGCAAGCGGCCUCGUCGUCUGAGUCUGCAUCAGAACGGGAUAUUUACGCUUUGGGAUUAAUGUUCCUGCAGAUCCUGACGUGCAAGAGAGAAGUGUACGGAGAGAAUAUGGAGAGCGUGGUGGAGAAAUUGAAGCGGAAAAGGAAGUUUUUGGGUGGCGACGGUUUGGAGGCGAUUGAGAGGAUGGCGAGAAUUUCGUUUUGGUGCAUGCAGAGUCAGCCGUUUUUGAGGCCGUCUAUAGGGGAGGUGGUUAAGGUGCUCGAGGGGACACUCUCGGUCGACCGUCCGCCCUCGUUUUUGGUGUGCAGGCGUGAUGACGUGGAGGUCGACACGGAAAUGUUAGAAGCCUGA